AUCCAGGGUGCUGUUAUCAUACCAGAAUCUUGUGAAAGCUCUUUAAGAAAAAGGGCACUCUGUUCUUCUCAUACCACUCCUUGUUUUUAGAAAAUAUCUCUUAGACUGAAUUUCACCGUUCUGCCAUAAUUUCUUUCCUGAUGCAGCUUGGUUGACAGCUGGUAUUCUGGUGUGGAAUGAGCUGAUAUUCUAAACUUCUUUUUAGGUUUGUCUGUAUAUAGGUUGUAACUGUCCCUUCUCAAAGUGUAAAUCUAGUAAAUUUUAUUUGCUUUUUGAAAUUGAUAGAUCUCAUUGGUACUGUGGAGAUGUGUGGUAUCUGACAUGGCUGGACUGUUGCAGUGGAUGAAUAUUGGCUCUAGGAGAGCGGAUUUUGGCAUGUUCAGAAAUGUGCCUGGAACAGGCUGUGGGAGACCAUCCUGGAGAGGAGCAGGGUAUGGGAGAGAGAGUUAAUUUUCAUUGGUCGCCUUCUGUAAGCUCAGGAAGACCGUUCCGAUGAGCAGGAAAACAAGCAAAAGUGGUAGGAAGUCUGUGUAGAUGAACAGGUGCUCCUGAAACACUCAGACAAAAAGGAAGCGUAGAAGAGGAUGGAGUGUUGACAGUUGACAUGGGAGUGCCCCAGGGACACUGUAUGUAGUUAAGAAGGUCAAAGCCCAUUUGGAAUUGAAUCUAGGAAGGGCUAAUAAGGACAAAAUGAUAAUCAGUAAGUAUAUCAGCAGCAAAAGACAGACUAGGGAAAAUUUGCUUUUGAGUGCGGCAAAGAGAAUGCUGAAAUGGUGACAGAGGACACAGAAAAAGCGGAGGUACUGAAAGCCAGCUUCAUCUUGGUCUCCUGUUAAGGCUGGUCUUCAGCAAUCCUGGGUCCCUGAGAUCAAUGGGAAACGUCUGGAGAAAAGAAGAAUUGCUUUUAGUGGAGGACAAUCAGGUUAGGGAACGUUUAAAUAGUGUGAACAUAGACAAGUGCAUGGGACCUGGCAGGAUGGACCCACAAAUGCUGAGUGAGCUGGCUAGUUUUACCGUAAAGCCACUCUUGGUUAUCUUCAGAAGGUCUCAGUAACCAGGGGAGAUUCCAGAGAACCAGAAGAAAGGUAAUACCACAUCUUCCUUCUUGAAGAUAGGAGUUGGAAACUACGGGCUGAUCAGCCUCACCUAUGGGGGUAAUGGUGAAAAUCCUUCUGGAAACCAGCUCCAGCCAGAUAAAGGACAAGAAGAUGUCAUGGAGUUAUGGAGGGGAAAUUGUGCUUCAUCAACCUGAUAGCUUUCUACAGCGAGAUGAAUGGCUUGGUGGCUGGGGAGAGCAGUGGAUGUUGCUUGUCUUGACUUUAGCCAGGCUUUCAGUGCUGUCUCCCAUAUCCUCAUGGACAAGUUGAGAAAGUAUGGACUGAAUAAGUGAACGGUGAGGUGGACUGAAAAAGGGCUGACUUGCCAGACACAAGGAACAGUCAUCUGUGCUAUAAAGUCCAGGGGGAGGUAAUUCCCUAAUGGUGUAACCAGACAUUGAUACUGAGGUCAGUAGUACUUAACAUCUUCAUUAAUAACCUGAGUGAUGGGACAGAGUGCUCCAUCAGCAAGUUUGCAAAUGAGACAGAACUGGGAGGAGGGGCUGAUCCAUCAGCGGGUUGUUCUGUGAUCCAUAAGGACCUUGGCAGGCUGGAGAAAUGGACAGAGAGGAACCUCGUGAAGCUCAGUAAAGAGAAAUGCAGAGUUCUGCCCCUGGGGAGGAUUCACCUAUGCUGCUGUACAGGCUGUAUGGGGGCCAAUCAGCUGGAAAGCAGCUUUGAAGAAAAAGGCCCUGGGGGACCUUGGUGGACAAGCUGACUCCCUCAUGGCAAAGGCGUUACUCCUUUAGAUAUCUUUUAGCUGGUCAUUGACAACUUUGGAAAAUGUGUAAAGUAAGAAUCAGGACCUGGUAAGGUACUGUAGUACCACCGAUGAAUUCUCACAAGCAGAGACAGCGUGGUGUCAAAGGGAAAUGUGACAUAAAAGCAAGCACUUACAAACUUUUAAGCAUGUCAGCAACAGCUCAAGUGCAUGCGACUACAGAAUAUGUAAGUAAAUAAAUCUUUCUCCUGUGUAAAUACAACCCUGCAACCCUGGAGAUAAUUUGCAGCGCUCCUCCUCUCCCUCUCAUUCUCACUUCUGCUGAAAAUUAGUCAGUAGAUUACAUUCGUCUCUAAUGUUUGUUGUCUUUACUGCUAGUAAUGACCUUCUGCUUCAAACUGCUAUCAUUUAUUUGUGCUACCUGUGCCAAAUGGAGUUUUGCUUUGCUGUGUCUCUAGUACUAGAAGGCUCUAGCACUGAAAUGCUGCUCCUCCCCUUACACAGCUGUAGCUCCAAGUAGGUGUUCCUGCCCUGCUGUGUUUUUGAUUUCAGUUGACAGCUGUUUCCAUCUCUUUUUUUUGAGGAAAGGUGCUGAAGAAUUCAGGCAGCGUUCUUGGGCAUUCAUGUUUUUGUUGCACAAGUGGUUCAUUCAAGGAAUGAGCAUCGUUUUGGCCACUUUCCCGAGGGAAAAUCUUGAGUUCUGUCAAUCCUGCCGGUUUGGCUUAAUUCUGUUAACUUUCCUUUGUAGAAUCAAGAGUGCCGCUUGCAUUGUAACAAACAAACCCCUCUGCUCACAUGAGCUGCUCUUUCUGUGAGUUGCUUGCUUAUCUCUUCAGUCUGUUUCUGUUUUCUUUCUUCUUCCAUUGGCUGACAUGAACCCAAUUUUGCCAGAAUGAAGUGUUGGCGUGGUUUUAUUUUGUAUUUAUUUUUAAAUAUAGGGCUGAGUGGAUGAGGCUUGAUUGGUUUUCCAGUGAGAAAAUGGCUCCAUUCAAGAGGUAUAAGAGAAACCUCUAUACGUUCUUUGAUAGUAAGAAAAGCUUCAAUUUCAGGCUGGAAAUUGCUGCUAAAUAGAAAGUUGUAGGCUCUGUUAGUGCUGAUGCUCAUGGAAUUAUUUGUCUCAUUGAAGUGCUGUUAAUUAGGCUGGCUUAACUGAGCAGUAUUAAAAGUGUUGCCAAGAUACCCAUAGAGACAUCGGGUCUGCAGUCAAACCCUGUUAUUACAGCAUGUUGUGGGGAUGUUCUGCUGUGCCCUGGAUUGCCUCAACGCAGGAGCUGCAAUGAGUUUCAGCUGUUACAGCUUUUCAAAUAGAAACUGAAUUCUGUUUGAUGUAAUACAUUGGAAACAUUUCUGAUUGGUGUAGCCAUUUCUGAAUGGUGAAGCCAUAACAAAUAUUGCUAUAUAUAUUUACAGUUGCUGAACUCUAUUCCACACACUCUUGAUUCCCUGUCUUCCCUGUGGACUUUUUGACAGGUGAAACAAAUACAGCAGAAAGGAGUUAUUGUUUGACUGCAGUAGUGCUCAAGAGCAUUCCUGUUGUGCCUUGGAUAAAGGAUGAGCAGUUACUGCAAGGGAGUAGGAUGUACUGAGCAGGCAGGGGUUGCUAUGUUCUGUAGUUUAAAGGAAAAAAAAAAAAAGCCAAGAAAGCACGAAGUUCAAAGAAACACCAUUCACAUAACUGCACUUUAUGAUUUGAUCAAGGAAACGAUGUCAUGCAUUAGAAAUUGUCAUGCAAACUAGAAACAGGGCUCCCGGUUUGCAUUUAUUUUAAGUGGUCUGUUACAGAACCAAGAGUGCCUUUAGAGCUAGAGGUUGUGUAAUUUGUUUGUUGCACAGGCGUGCUUUGCACAUCCAGUAAAUAAAUGCAUCCAUCCCAGACAGUGGGUGAGGUGAGGGCUUGCAAGCCUUCCAGUGGAUCCUCACCUCUCAGUAUCUUUUCAAUGAUCAUUUUGUCUCUUAAUCUUCUGUCUUUUUAUUGUGUUCUUCUAUUUUUUCUCAUUUGUGAUUGUGAAGGAUCUCUUGCAAGGACAACUGUUGCAUAUGAGAAGGUUUUUAUCAGCACAUCGGUGUUUGUUGCGUGGCUCAGCAGCUACAAACUGGCUGAGAAAAAACUGCAGCGAGACACCUUUUCAGUAGGUCUUGCCAAGAAUUUUUUGGACGGUACUAGGACAGAUUGGGAUCUCUUCUGUGGAAUGUAAUCCUGCUGUGUUUUAACAAAUGUGUCUUUAAGUGCUUUUCUAGGCUUCUGUCUGACUGUUGGUUUUAUCACAUUAACAAACAUUUAGCAAAAAAGAAUGCCUUUGGUUUAGAAGAUGUUAACGAUAGGAAAAUGUAAUUAUGAAUUGUGAUAUGCGCUACAUGCACUCCAGCACUUACAACAGAGAAACAAAAAAAACCCCAACCAACAAAAAACAAAACAAAAAAACCCCCACAAAAUGGAGAUGCUCAUUUCCAAGAAUGGAUCACAGGUAAUCAAGUGGGCCAGUUCUGACUGCUGUGCAGAAAUGUCUGUGCAGCCCAGGGACAUGGAACUCAACGUCAAGACUCCAUGUAGUUAACAGUACGGAUUUCUGCCCAGAUCCCCACCACUUGCAGUCACUUUGUCAAGUCAGAGAAUCACAGAAUGGCCAGGGUUGGAAGGGAUCUGAAGGAUCAUGAAUCUCCAACCUCCUGCCACGGGCAGGGUCACCAACCUUCCCAUUUAAUACUAGACCAGGCUGCCCAGGGCCCCAUCCAACCUGGCCUUGAACACCUCCAGGAUUGGGGCUUUGGGCUUUUUCAAAUGCCUGUCUGGAAGAGAGAAAAGCUGUGAUACGGGCUCUUGGCCCUCACCAGGGAUGCCUGUGUCUUAGUAGCUUUUUAGAGACCAUUUUUUGUCUCUCAAUUAGCAGCUGCUUCUGCACCUGAUAAGUGCAGUGCAAGGCUGAUGUGACUUGCAGUGCCUAUGAGUCUGUGCAGUGAAGAUGCCCUUUGCAUACUUGGCUGGUAUCAUUUGAUGGCUCUUUUUUCCUGAGGGCUGCCAGGACGUAGCUUGGGGGUGAGUUAGUGUCCUGCCUGCUUUGCAUGUACUGUUCAUCCCUGUUGUGCCAGCAGUUGGUAAGCAAUUGUUGCAGUAUCCACCGUCACCCUUGGACAUAGACUGCAGAAACAUGGCUGUACAUACGCCUGUGUGAGAGGCUGGAGAAGCUGAUCAUAGAGCCAGAUGGUGUUUUGGUUCCUCUUUGUGCUGGAGAGGCUUGAAGUCAUGUGCAUCACACACAACUUUCAUUAGUCCUUCUGAAAUGGGGCCAGUCUCCAGACAGGAACGUGGGAUUUAUGAGGCUGGAAAGGAGGUGUUCCUGGGGGAGAGCAGCUCCAUAACCUAGUUGGUUCCUGCAGUCGCCUGUUACGCCUGUUGGCAGCCCCUCUGUGUGGGUUUUCUGGAUCAUCCUUUAGAAGUGUCUCUGUGCAUUAACUUCCUAAUGAGCCCUGGUGUGUAAUUAGGAUGCUUUUAAUUACCCUGAUGGAUAACCUCACCCCAUUAAUGAUUUUGAAGCAGGCACUCUGGAUUUCACUAGCGUAAAUCUGCUAUGAUCUUUACUGGCUAGCUUUGCAGUUAGUGUUCGCAUGCAAAAAUUAAAGCAUUCAUUCUGAUGCAGUUCUGAAAGAAGUCUUAAAGAAGCAUAACCAAUUCUAAGCAAUAACUUCAGCUCAAAUGAGCCUUUCUUCCAACUUGUGAAGUUACGGAAACUUGGACUAAGUGAUAAUGAAAUCCAGCGGCUCCCUCCAGAAAUAGCGAAUUUCAUGCAGCUGGUGGAACUGGAUUUGUCUCGAAAUGAUAUUCCUGAAAUACCAGAAAGCAUCUCAUUCUGCAAGGCACUACAGGUAGCAGAUUUCAGUGGGAAUCCACUAACUAGGUUGCCUGAAAGCUUUCCUGAAUUACAGAAUCUAACGUGUCUUUCAGUAAAUGAUAUCUCUCUGCAAGCACUACCUGAAAACAUUGGGAAUCUUUAUAACCUGGCUUCACUGGAACUUAGAGAGAAUUUGCUGACAUAUUUACCCGAAUCACUUGCCCAGCUGCAGCGUCUAGAAGAACUUGAUUUAGGAAACAAUGAACUUUAUCACUUGCCAGAAACAAUUGGUGCACUUUUCAAUCUUAAAGACCUCUGGUUGGAUGGAAACCAAUUAGCUGAAAUACCUCAGGAAGUAGGAAACCUGAAAAACCUGCUUUGUCUGGAUGUUUCUGAAAAUAAAUUGGAAUGCCUUCCCGAAGAAAUUAAUGGUCUGACUUCUUUAACAGACUUGCUUGUUUCUCAGAAUUUACUUCAAGUCUUACCUGAUGGCAUUGGAAAAUUGAGGAAGCUGUCAAUUUUGAAGGUUGAUCAGAACAAACUUAUUCAGCUAACAGAUUCAAUUGGAGACUGUGAAAGCCUUACUGAACUAGUUCUAACAGAAAAUCAGCUGCAGAUACUACCGAAGAGCAUUGGAAAACUGAAGAAGCUGAACAAUUUGAAUGCCGAUAGAAACAAAUUAACAUCUUUGCCCAAAGAGAUUGGGGGAUGCUGCAGUCUUAAUGUGUUUUCUGUACGUGACAACAGAUUAUCUCGAAUUCCCUCUGAAAUUUCACAAGCCACUGAACUCCAUGUCCUGGAUGUUGCUGGAAACAGGCUGACGUAUCUUCCCCUCUCACUGACCACCUUAAAGCUGAAGGCUUUGUGGUUGUCUGAUAACCAGUCCCAACCUUUGCUGACGUUUCAGACUGACACAGACCCUGAAACAGGAGAAAAGAUUUUAACAUGUGUAUUACUUCCUCAAAUGCCUUCUGAGCCCGAUUGCCAAGCAGAUAACCUGCCACGAUGUGGUGCGUUGGAGAGUUUGGUAAAUGAAAUGUCAGAUGAGACAUGGAACGAACGGGCAGUGAACAGAGUCAGUGCAAUUCGCUUCUUAGAAGAUGAAAAAGAUGAAGAGGAUAAUGAAAUGAGAACACUUCUAAGGCGAGCCACUCCACACCCUGGAGAAUUAAAGAACAUGAAAAAGACAGUGGAGAAUUUACGGAAUGAUAUGAAUGCUGCUAAAGGACUGGAUUCAAACAAAAACGAGGUCAAUAAUGCCAUUGACAGAGUGACCACUUCUGUGUAGAAUUUCAUCUCCAGGUUUUACCUCCUGUGUCUUCCCCUGCUGUUGAAAUGUUCCUGUCGUCUCCUGGGACCUCACUGAGCCCCCUUUUUGUUUUUAACCAGAGCCUGAUUCAUCGUCUCCAUAUAUGUGAAAAGUACUACCCACUGGAAGGAAGUGCCUUAUUUCAUCCAGGCAGUGAAUCAAUCAUUUCCAAAUCAAUAUUGUAAUUUUAAUAGUACUAUGGUUUUUUAAGUAUAAUACACUACUGUAUGCAGAACACAAUAUUUUUGUCAUAAACACAGGGGAAAUAAUGCUUUUCUUUUCCAGAGUGCUGGGAUAUCUUCUUCCCAGUGGCUGGACGUGCUGGUGAGAAAUUUAGUUUUGUGGAAAAUUGAUACA